AUGCAAAUUGAUGUUGAUGAUCGAAGUGUACUAGAAGUAAAGAAAUGUACUACUACUACUACUACUACUACUACUACUACUACUACUACUACUACUACUACUACUACUACUACUACUACUACUACUACUACUACUACUACUACUACUACUACUACUACUACUACUACUACUACUACUACUACUACUACUACUACUACUACUACUACUACUACUACUACUACUACUACUACUACUACUACUACUACUACUACUACUACUACUACUACUACUACUACUACUACUACUACUACUACUACUACUACUACUACUACUACUACUACUACUACUACUACUACUACUACUACUACUACUACUACUACUACUACUACUACUACUACUACUACUACUACUACUACUACUACUACUACUACUACUACUACUACUACUACUACUACUACUACUACUACUGAAUAUAGUGCAGCGGAAUCUAGUGGAACAAUUUUUGUGAUAGGUCUAUACCUCUUUCGAACAUUCACAUAUAUGAGUAACUGUCAAAUAAGACAGAAAUUUUAA